AGUCGUUUUAUUUCCAUUCAUACCACGAUUCACCUGGCAACUUUCCUAAACAAACUCUUACAAUAUGCAAUAUUAUAUUCUGGUCGCAUCUGCAGCUCUUGCUAUGCUGCAAAUGGCCACUGCUCGAAACUUGGGGUCAGACGUUCUUGGUAGCCCUCGUUCUGACUGUGGAGCUUCAGCUGAUGUGUGCGUCGUCUUUGACGGAACAGACGACGAAUGCCACAAACUCGAGCUUGAUUGGCACAACUUGGGCGACUUGGACUUCCAAGUCAAAGACGAAGUGUGCGCUUUCUACAGGGACCCGGGAUGUAGAAGAGUCGCAUAUACCGUCAAUUAUCCCGGCUAUCGCCACAUCGAAGACGACCAUCACUUUGUAGGCUUAACCCGGUCAAUCAAAUGCGCCAUUCGACAUGAUUAGAUAGCUCUAUGUCUUUGAGAGGCCGUGUAUCUGUCCCAGUUUGAGCCCACUACUGUGCUGGCCCACGAUAGUCAGUGUCAGUGCAGGCCAAUGAGACGAACUGAUACUGGAGCAGGGUACUGAAACGGAAUAUACAGUUAAUACUGACGUACUUUAACCGUCUAGCGUUACAAAAUAUACAGUAAUUUGAAUAUUAUGAGCCUUUCCCCCUUGGCAUCAUUGUCAAAACACUGGACUAGUUAAAUUGCGCCAUCUGGAUGACAUGUUAUGCCUGGCCAGGGCUGUAUCUGGCGGCAAAGGGAUCGAAAGCUAAUUUUAGAGUUGUAUGUUGAGGAACAUUGCGAUGCACCGCUGUCAUGUUACAUCUCGGUCCUUUGCAGGCGGCUAAUACUCUUUAAAAAUUGCACUUGACAGCUAAUUACACAGUCUUAGUGAAGCUGCAGUAGCCGCCGCCUCAUCAGCCAGCUUAUGCAGAUUGGCUAAUGAGGCCGAUUCAGCCAUCUGAGUUCCAGCGGCCGCACUAGGGCGAGUCGAGUCGACUUCAUUUCAGCUAGGUCGGCUCUCCUUCCGUUUUGGCGCCUGGAUCAGCAGAGCCUAAAGGCCCCGAACGAGGGCCGAGCUAGCGCCUGAGAGAAUGAGGAAAAAGCAAAACGGCACACGCAACAAAGAACCAAGUGUUGAGUAAUUUGCGACAUUGUGAAGAAAAAUAAAAAAAAAAUAGAAUAAAAUAAAGACACAAUAUAGGAGAAAUUGGGUAGCAAAGGGAGAAUAGCAUCUAGGUCUCGCUUGCAUGCAGGAGCUGCGUGGCGAAGACAGGCAUGCCAGAGCCUACCCUCAGGCACAAAGUGUGAGCUUACCACCUUGCAUAUGCGGCGGCCCGGGCUUGCUGCAAGGUGGGUGACCCAGGUACAGAGAGUACAGGAGAAGUUCAGGCACAAAAAAAAGGAAAAGGCAAUAGAAGGAAGGAAUGGGAUACUUGCUGCUGCUGUAGACACAAUGCACAAUAAAAUCAUCGAUACGGGGGCUGGACUGGGGAGUGACCUGUGUCUCGCCAGCCAAUUGCUUCUAUGCGUUGGCAGCUAUACUACUUGGUGGCAAGCAGCCAAGCAAGCCAUCUAGGAAGAACCAGGCUGGUUGGCCAGUGGUGCGAUUCGCCGUAGCGACAAGGCCUUGGAUUGCAAGUGCAUUCGUCGGCUCUUAUGCUCGGCCGCCUGGACAGCCAGACAGUGGGUUUUGGUUUUGCGGAGACUACUCAAAAAAAAAAGACAAUCGGGCAGGCGGGCUUGUCUGACACAAGAGACGGGUUGGAUCCCUUGCCAGGAGAGGAAUGGAGAGCAAUUUGCAGAUCGGUGGUAUUCUACAGCUUGAUGGAGGAGGACGCUACGCUGGGACUUGCAUUCGUGAGCAUGGAGCUUGGAGGCACCAAGGAAAGGAAAAAAAAAAAAAAGUGGCGCUGAAUGUGACAGCAAUGGUGAUGGGUUUGUGAAGGGGGCGCUGGGCCGGCGAUGUGGUUGCUGUGCUGAUGAGGUUGGAGAUGAAAGGAUGUAUGUCCGUACGGACCAGGGGAUCCAUCGGUCGUCACCCCAAGCUACAGUAAGGUUCGUGCGGGCGAAUUGAGUUUUUGCGCCGACAGCUUCUACUGUAGUUC